GGAUUCUUGUAUUAGGAAUCUGGAUACCGUCAUGAUUCUGCCUUGCAUAUUGACUGGUUUUGGCAUGGCGUGGGUGUGUUGUGUCCGCCGAUUCUUUGCUUUCUCUGCAAAUGAUGAUCGUCUCUUCUUCAGAUUCUGGAGGCGAUAGUCGAGUUUUGUAUUGAUUGUCAGCCAAAAUUGUUUUUCGUUUCUUUUGAUUGAGAGAAAAAAUGGAGCUAACCGAACUUCUCCAGAAAUUUCUCGUUGUUUCGUUUACCAUCGGGUUCUUUUGGAAGCUCAUUAGGUAUAUGUGGAGUUUUGUGAGCAUGGAGAAGGAACCGAUUAGAGUUUUAGUCACUGGAGCCGCAGGGCAAAUUGGUUAUGCAAUUGUUCCAAUGAUUGCAAGGGGGGUCAUGCUAGGCCCUGAUCAGCCAGUAAUUCUGCACAUGCUCGAUAUCGAGCCUGCAGCUGAGGCUUUGAAUGGUGUAAAGAUGGAAUUAAUAGAUGCUGCCUUUCCUCUGCUAAAGGGUGUUGUUGCAACAACGGAUGUCGUUGAAGCUUGUAAGGAAGUCAAUGUUGCAGUUAUGGUUGGUGGUUUCCCUCGAAAGGAGGGCAUGGAAAGGAAGGACGUGAUGACGAAAAAUGUCUCCAUUUACAAAAAACAGGCUUCAGCCUUGGAACAGCAUGCUGCUCCAGAUUGUAAGGUAUUAGUGGUGGCCAACCCGGCCAACACAAAUGCUCUCAUCUUGAAAGAGUUUGCCCCUUCAAUCCCCGAGAAGAACAUCACAUGUCUUACACGAUUGGAUCAUAAUCGAGCAUUAGGCCAAAUCUCAGAGAGGCUAAACGUGCAUGUUAGUGAUGUGAAGAAUGUCAUUAUCUGGGGCAAUCACUCUUCUACACAGUAUCCAGACGUCAAUCAUGCAAAAGUCACCACUAGCAGUGGAGAGAAACCAGUUCGAGAAUUGGUUGCAGAUGAUCAAUGGUUGAAUACCGAGUUUAUUACCACCGUACAGCAACGUGGUGCCGCCAUUAUAAAGGCUCGAAAGCUAUCUAGUGCUCUGUCUGCUGCCAGUUCUGCUUGUGAUCAUAUACGAAACUGGGUUUUGGGGACCCCCAAGGGAACUUGGGUUUCCAUGGGAGUGUAUUCUGAUGGUUCUUAUGGUAUAGAACGCGGUCUUAUCUACUCCUUUCCAGUCACAUGUGAGAAAGGAGAAUGGUCAAUCGUUCAGGGGCUGAAGAUUGAUGAGUUUUCAAGAGCCAAGAUGGAUGCAACAGCAAAAGAGCUGAUUGAGGAGAAAGCUUUGGCUUAUUCAUGCCUUGGUUGAUAUGGAGUUGUGCUAUUUUAGUCAUGAUUUCCCUUCAAUAAAUCUUUAGGGAUUUCUUAAUUUGUUUUUUCUUUUCUUCAAUAAUUUCUGGAAAUCGUACAGAAAUUAUGGGUAGUUCAUUAUUUUACGUGAAUUAUUGCUAUAAUAAACUGCUAUAUUUUAUGGUAGUAUGCUAUUACCAUGUAAGUGUGUGGAACCGUACAGCACUCUCGUAUGCUGCCACUCCUACAAAUUACUUCGUGGUUUAAUUGUUUCCUA